AUUUAAAGUUGCUCUAUGCCCACAGCGAAGUUCAAACCAUCGACUUAUGGUUUAAGGGUGGAGGAGUCUCUUCCACUCCACAACCACCACUUUGGUUAAUUAAUAUAUUUUUUUAAAUAAGGGAAAGUUUAUUCGAACCGUUAUAACCGUUGGGAGUUGCACAAAGAGGAGCAACAUCCAUGAUUCGCGGCACCACGUUGCUACACGCGCCGACUCUGCGUCUCAGAAAUUUAACCACCACCACCACUCACUCCACGGUUGCAAAGCCCGGAGGCUCGCCCUACGCAGCCAUGGCCUCGCCUCCUUCCGUCAGAAUUGCCGUCGUCGGUGACGUUCACGAUGAUUGGAGCCUAGAAGAAGAUACAAAGGCCCUUCAACUGCUCAAGCCGGAUUUGGUACUGUUCACAGGUGAUUUUGGCAAUGAAAAUGUUGAACUUGUUAGAAGUGUUGCAGAUGUUGACAUUGCCAAAGCAGUAAUUCUGGGGAAUCAUGAUGCCUGGUCCACACAAAAAUUCUCAGCAAGUGAAAAGGAUCCUGUCCAAUUGCAGCUGGAGUGUCUAGGUGAUGAGCAUGUUGGUUAUGGACACAUUGAUUUUCCAGCAGUAAAGCUAACUGUUGUUGGUGGGCGACCAUUCUCUCAUGGUGGUCCACGUCUGCACCAGAGGAGGCUUCUCAAAGCUAGAUAUAAUGUGUCUGGUAUGGAUGAAAGUGCAAAAAGAAUAUACCAAGUUGCAUUAAAGACUCCAGAAGAACAUUCAGUCAUUUUACUGGCACAUAAUGGACCUACUGGCUUAGGAUCUGAUGCGAAUGAUAUUUGUGGAAAGGAUUGGGUUUAUGGCGCUGGUGAUUAUGGCGAUCCUGAUUUGGCAGCGGCAAUCUCUCAGUUAAAAGAGACCACAAAUUUAUCGAUCCCAUUGGUCGUGUUUGGUCACAUGCAUAAACGGCUAGCUGACGGAAUCGGUCUUCGGAAAAUGAUAGUUGUUGGAGAUAACGACACUGUAUAUUUGAAUGGAGCCAUAGUUCCUAGGGUUAAAAGACAGGGAAUGGAACAAGAAAUGGGUGAAAGCAGCGGGAGCUCUAUACGUGAUGCUGAUACAGUAGUUACCGCAGCGUCAUCAGAAUCUGCCGGUACAUUGAGGGCAUUUACUGUAGCAGAAAUGUUGAAUGGAAGAGUGGAAAAAGUUGCAGAAACUUGGGUUUCAGUAAAUGGGGAAAACAUCACCUUACAGGAGGAACACAUACUAUUUAGCAGGGUAAAUUCAGGUCAUAGCCAGAGUCUGCACCGCAGUCUGUUUUGACCCCAAAAAUUUGCAACAUCUGUAUGUAAAGACUAAAAUCUGUGGCCAUGGACAUCUUUCGAAGGCAUACAACAUGUAAAUUUCCAUCGCUUUAAUAAAUGACUUCGAACUUGUUACAACUUGCACCACUUGAGACUACUUUUCGUAUCCAAACUGUUUGCCGGGUUGCCAAUUUGAUGCGGUACUUUACACCAAGUUAGCAACGAAUGUUGCUUUUACAAUAGAGGUGAAAUUUUGUGUAAGGAUCUUACAUUGAUUUUUGUAUUUUUUUUUGGUUAACAAUAUUUGUGAUUAUUAUUCCAAUAGGGGAUUGUAUUUUUCCUUACUCACGAUCAUUAUUUCUUGCUUUGCCAGAAAAGAAAAAUGCCAACCUUUUCUUUUGGUGCCA